AUGAAACAUUCAGUCAAAGCUUCAAAGGAACCAAAGAAACUUACAAUUGCCAAAAGAAUUUCAACUUCAUUUGAAGGAGAGCAAGAAGCAUUAUGUAUUUCUUUAUUAAUGUCUCAUGGUGUUAAAUUUACUUUAUUAAAACCAAGAAAAACACAUACUGGAACAGAAAAUGAUCCAGAAGCAUUAUUUUUUACAAUUCAAACAAUACAUUUUGGUGACUAUGAAGUGUUAUUUAAUUAUAUUACUGAUCAAAUUAUAAUUAAUGAAGAGAAACAAAUUUCUCCAGAAAAGAAAGAUAGAAAAAAAUAUGAAAAAAGAAAUGUCAUUUCCUCAACUAAUAACUUCCUUACUGAUUUAUUGAGACAUUUAGGAUAUUCUAUUAAGUUUAAAAAAACAAGAUCAACAAGUAUUAUUGUUAAAAUGAAUCGUGUUUCUAGUUUAGUAGGAAAUGGAAUAUGUCUAGAAGAUACUUCUUCAAUUUCUCAACUUGGAAAAAUGAUUAAUCAUAAAAUUAGAGAUAUUUUUGAUCAAGCAGAUAUUAAACGUGAAGAACCUAUUUUUUUCGAUUAUAAUAAGCUUGGAAUUUGUUUCAGAACAUUUGGUGAUAGAUCAAAUGAUAUUACUCAAUAUAUUUGUAAGAUUAUUACCCCUGAUAAAAUAUUAUUAUCUCAAACUAAAAAAGAAAACAACAAAAUAAUUGAAAAACAAUGUAACUCUUCAAUUAGUCCUUCUUUAGAUAUUAGUAGUUUUAAAACGGAAGGCAACAAAGAAGAAAUUAUAAAAAAUGAAAACAUUAGUGUUGUUUCUUUUGAUAGUCAAGAAAUAUCCUUUAAUAAUAAUUAUACUUUCACUAAUGAGGUAGUUGAUGUCAUUACUUUUAUUCCUUAUAACAAUUGGCAAGUUUCUUUUGAACCAUUUGAAAAUAAUACUACUCAACAAUUACCAACUCUUUCAAGUGUUGGGUUAAUUUAA